ACCCCCCCCCCCCCCCACAUCUGGACAAAGACCCACACACAGCCUGGUCUCAUCACAACCGCGCCAGCACGCGUCUCUCAGUCCUCGUCUCUCGCCCACGCUCCUCACUAAUCCCCUGGGUAGCGCCUCUCUCUUUUCUCGCCGAGUCGUUGAGUCGCGGUGGAAGUCGUGUGUACCCCACGCCGCCUCUCCACUCGUCCUCUGUCCCUCCCGGGGUCGCCCUCGGGGUCAUCCCCCUCCCUCAGGGUCCCCCCCCCCAUCCACGCAGAGAAAAGCGGCCCGCGAUGAGAGAACCAUGGCCACGGCUCAAGGAGGGAUCGACUCGGGACGCCGGAUCGGCCGCUGCGCCACGUCCUUCUGGCUCGCCAUCGCCUUCGACGCGGUCGGAGUGGCCGUGCUGCUCGUGGGCAUCUUCAGCGACGUGGAGUUCUACGACCUCCUCAUCUACUGCGGGGCCAUCCUCAUCUUCCUGAGCCUCGUUUGGUGGAUCUUCUGGUACACGGGCAACAUCGAGGUGCCCGUGGAGGAGUUGAUGCGCGGUGGGGAGAGCGAACGCGGAGGCGGUGGCGGCGGCGGCGGUGGCAAGGGGACGGGACCCGCGAGUCGCGUCGUGAGCCUCGUGCGAAGUGUGUCGAGCAUCCUGCAAGGUCGGAGGUCCUUCACGAGCACUCCGAGAAGGUCGCAGCAGCAGCAGCAGCGCCAACAGCAGCGCCAGCAGCAGCAGCAACAACAACAGCAGCAGCAGAUUGACCUGAACGGACUUCAGUACAAGAGCUCGCUUAUAGCGUCUUCGGAGAUGCACCACCACCACCAACACUGCCGCCACGACCACCAGCAGCAGCACCGUCUCCCGGCAGAGCCUCUGCCUGGCGAGUCGUUUUCGCCGGGACAACCCGUCGCCUCGUCGCCUCCUCUCCCCUCGCCGUCCUCGGAGCGACGCGACUCCGACGGGCGCUGCGCCUCGCUCCGCGCGCAACUCGAGGACCGGGGCUCGAAGCCUGCGGCGAGCGGACACGGUGGUGACCUGGGAUGGGACGGGAGGUGGCCCGAGGUUUGCUUCAUCUCGCUGGUCGGGCUGCCUUCGGAGAGCACGAGGCUAUGAACGAGGUGGCUUCUCCACCCCUGCUCCUCAUCCCGUGCGGGUCUCCUCCGACCUCCAGCAAGGAGCUUGUGGGCUGGUCGUCUCGUCCAUCUCAGCUCCCCGACCGGCCAAACUCUCACGAAAUAUAUAUUUUUGUUGUUUCUUUUAAAAUCAUGAACUUCGAUUCCGACAACUGGAGUUACCACACGCCAAGGGAGCGCAUCACAUUCCCAAGUGUUUUUUGUUUGUUUUGUUUGUAGUUACAACGUGAGGAGACGUAAAGUGUAAAGUAUAACAACAACAAAAAUUCCAGAACAAAAAUAACUUUCCUGACUCAUUUACUGUAAAUUCCCGACGUCAGCGAUGGAACCGAGCUCGUGUUUAUACUGGAGAGUUAGUGACCUCUUGCUGCUCACUACGUACGGAAACAAAGAAAAACUACGACUCGAACAUUUAUCCACAGCUCCUGGAGUCUCACGCAUCCCUCACGGAUUGCAUUUUCGCGCCCUUUUUUUUCUCUUCUUGUCAACACUCGCCACAAUGUCGUAUGCUGCUCGUAGAUACUCGUAAAAUGCCGCACGAUGUUAACGGUGGAACCCAAACAACGCGGUCCUGUCCAGCCCGCCUGAGUGCCUCUCACGCCACCUGCUGGCCACUGUCGCCCAUUGCCCUCAGAGGUUGUUGACGGCAACUUGGCGCCAAUGUGGCGCAAGGUGGUGGUUGGUGGUGGUGGUGGUUGGUGGUGGUGGCACGGGCAUGCAUUUGGAUGGCGCGAAGCAACGAAAGUUGAAUACAUUUCCCUCAGUUAAGCGAAGACUUUUCUCCCAGUGAAGCGAAGACAUUUUCCUUCAAUGAAGUUUAUGCAUUUCCCUCAGUUAUACAUUUCCCUCCGUUAAGUGAAUACAUUUCUGUCAGUUAAGUGAAGACAUUACCCUCAGUAAAGUUAAUAAUACAUUUCCCUCCGUUAAGUGAAUACAUUUCUGUCAGUUAAGUGAAGACAUUACCCUCAGUAACGUGAAUACAUUUCCAUUAGUUAAGUGAAGAAAUGUUUGUUGUCCUUCCCCCACACCUCCUAUUAGUGUGGUUGCCUGCGUAGGGUGUGAAAGAAGUUCAACAUACAUACAUUUCCUUCAAUGAAGUGAAGACAUUUCCCUUAGUUUCCCAACUAAAUCGGUCUAAAUUCAGGGAGGCUUUUAAUAAACGUAUUUGACGUGGCCGGCCAUUAAUCACCUCAUUACGCCACUCACCUCGCAGCUGUGUAACCUGUGCUAUCGUUGUGCCACUAAUCUCCAACCUUAAUCAAUUUCUGGUUGUUCUUCUUCGAGUGUGUGUCUGAAGCUGCAUGCAGCCACGUUUGUGACAAGUGCCCUUGGUGACUAUGUUGUUGCGUGAUGCCUCCAGACGGCCAUGUUGGUAGCAAGUGUCUCAAGUCACCAUGUUGGUAGCCAGUGCAUCAGGCGGCCAUGUUAGUGGCCAGUGUGUUAGUUGGUCAUGUUGGUAGCCAGUGCGUUAGGUGGCCAUGUUAGUGGCCAGUGUGUUAGAUGGCUAUGUUGGUAGCCAGUGCGUUAGGUGGCCAUGUUGGUAACCAGUGUGUUAGGUGGUCAUGUUGGUAACCAGUGCGUUAGGUGGUCAUGUUGGUAGCCAGUGCGUUAGGUGGUCAUGUUGGUAGCCAGUGUGUUAGAUGGUCAUGUUGGUAACCAGUGCGUUAGGUGGCCAUGUUGGUAGCCAGUGUGUUAGAUGGUCAUGUUGGUAACCAGUGCGUUAGGUGAUCAUGUUGGUAGCCAGUGCGUUAGGCGGCCAUGUUGGUAACCAGUGCGUUAGGCGGCCAUGUUGGUAGCCAGUGCGUUAGGCGGCCAUGUUGGUAGCCAGUGUGUUAGGUGGUCAUGUUGGUAGCCAGUGCGUUAGGUGAUCAUGUUGGUAGCCAGUGCGUUAGGCGGCCAUGUUGGUAGCCAGUGCGUUAGGCGGCCAUGUUGGUAGCCAGUGCGUCAGGCGGCCAUGUUGGUAGCCAGUGCGUCAGGCGGCCAUGUUGGUAGCCAGUGCGUCAGGCGGCUAGGUUGGUGGUCCGUGCGUUAGGUGGCCAUGUUGGUGGCCAUUGCGUCAGGCGGCCAUGUUGGUGGCCAGUGGCCCCAGGUGGCCUUUUGUUGGCCAAUGCCUCAGGAAGCCAGCCAAGUUGGGGACAAGUACCCCAGGCAAUUAAGUAGUGACCUGGAAAACCAAAAUGACUGGGCCUCGGGUGUGGUGGACACAAGGACUGGUGCUGCCUGUGUCGUGCUGUACGUCGGUGUGAUUUCACGAGAUGAAAAUGCUGUAAAAUGGGGCCUUUUACUGCAAAACUAGAUUUCAAUUGUGCCUUAUUAGAAUGAAUAAUAAGCAAUAGUUGUUGUCCUUUGGAAACACUGCUACCCACCAUAGCAUUGUGGAAUUUCCACCACUGGUUUGCGGUACACCACAGUGGAAAAUUAGCACUGCCUCAAUGCUCUUUGAGCAGGGAGACUUUUUUACUUGACUAUGUUUAUAAUAAUGCCGUUAAUAUUUUACAAGUAGUUAGUCACUUGACAAUCCUUUUCACUGUGUGCCUAAACGUAUCCCCAGGACACCCAUCCCUUCCUUGCCUUGGGUGUUUACGGUUGUCUGAAACCUUCACUUUUGUGAUACACCGUAGUACUGUACAGUAUAUUGCACCUUGCAGUUUGCUUGCACGUGCUGUGCAAUUUGACGGUUUGAGGGGAGCGGGUGUAGGCCCGUAAUCCUGCUUGACGGCAGGCCAUCGCGUGAUGUCCUGGCCGCAGCACCAAAUUUGCCAAAUUGUUGUUUUAAAACCUGCGAAGGCAAUCGGCGUUUUUAUCCCCUGCUAGAUGAAGACAUACCUACGCUGUCGCCACCCGUCGUGGUACAUGCCGAUGCCAUGAUCCAGCGCCUUCACCCCCCCCCCCCGCACACGUGAACCAAUUUCAUCGUUCCCACAUCCACAGUAGUGGUCAUUUGUCCCGUAUGUAUUCUCUCGAUCAUCAGCCUCGUCCAUCGACCAUGAUCGUCCCUUGCAGCCACGAUACGUGUCCUAUCCAAGGUGUAAUAGUCCGCAUGGUGUCUCUCUUUUGUUUUUUUGUUCCUCCGAUCCUCAUACUCCGUCUGUCAGUUUCAUUUCCGGCAUACGACUGCCCCAAAAAAAAUAUAAAUUGGGCUCUUACUGUCAACGGAGCAAUCGCCAACACCUGCCUUCUACUUCAUGCCAACGCUGUCUCGCACUGUAAAGCAAAGGACUAUACCCUAGUUGACAGGUGGUGCGUUUAAAUACGAGCGAGUAGAAACCCGCACUUAGAGCAAAGUUCUUAGAGAUUUUAGCGUGCUGUGUUUGUAAAACAGUUCGUCGCGGAAUCGUCGUUGCUGCUUCGUUUUACAUCUUUUAGGCACCGUUGUAAGACAGAAAGAAAACGAGAGUUUACAGAAAGCGCGAAUGUCACGUAUUUACCCAGGCAAGCCACGCAGAUUCUCAAAAGGCUAUUGUAUGGGAGUGUGCUGGAUUGGAGCUUUUUGGCCAAACGAUUUUUUUUUAAGAAGGAGCGUUUUGCUUUAUGUGGGAUGAACGUAUCUCGUGAAAUCCCACUGUGUGUGUGAGGGUAUAACACUCAAAAGGGCCACACACACACACAUUCAGUGAACUCAAUUGCUGUACUUACACCUUCUGGACACUUUGGAAUCCAGCGGUUUUGGGAUUUUUAUUACAAAUCUCUUUUGGUGUGAUCCACCAAAACCCUCUCCACCGAAGUGCUGUAAUCAUAUUAAAAACUAACAAGUGCAUUAUUUAUAUUGCCCAGAGAUUAACAAGUAGCCGUUUUGGAUGGCCGAUUUUCUUUUUUUUAAAAGAGGUUAUUUUAUUUUUUUCACGGCACUAACGGCAAGCAUAUGGUACAAGUGAACGCAACACAUCAAGCAACGCGAAGCAAACAACCAGUAGGUAAAAACAAAUAUUUUGACCAAAGGCAUCACACGCACACAAAGGUCUUUUCAGACGUUCGCACAUCCCAAAUCUAGACGAAUACAAAUAACAGUUGAUGCAGAGCUUUUAAAUGAUAACCCAACAACCACGACACCGUGCCGCUCAUGUUGACAAAGAGAGGAGGGAGAUGUGUCACCCGACUCGAAUUUGGCGCCCCAAAUGAAAAUUCCCCCCGGAAAACCCAAAGAUCUGCGUGGCGCUUUUCAGGGUUGUCACCGUGCGUGGAACAGCCCGCAAGCACACAUCCUGAGGACUUUUACAGGCACAACAGCCGAAAAAUAUAAAAAAAAUAAACCCUAUACUCUGUGCUACAUUCCAUUCCGUUAAUCUGGGUGAAAGUAGCGAACUUAUUGUAAUAAACUCAACACGAUCGGCAAUACCGCUGUAGCCUUAACGUGUCAAAUAUAUAACGUUUUGGGUAAUGGCCCUAACUUAGGUGCUUUGAAGGGCUAUUUCCCGAAACGUCACCUGAUGGUUUCCAUUUUAAGACCACAGUGUUACUGCCGAAUGUGUUUGAGUGAGUUUCUAAAAUAAAUAAUGAAUUGCCUUGUGCACCGCUGCAGGUAAGCAAGCAGCUGCAUCACCAACCUGGCCUAUGGCCUCCAGAAAUGGUCACAGCUGGUUGAAAUAUAUAUAUUUUUUGGUGAGCGGUCGAAUUGUGUUCCAUUUGAAAGUCGGGUGACCGUUCGUGAUGGGAUAUGCAGGCAAAAUGAUAUAGGGCAAUGGUUGUCAUUCUUACUCUUGGGUUGUUUUAAGUCGAAGGAGUUGUGACAUGAAUGUUGCCAUAUACUGUAUAUAUAUGUGUGUGUAAGUAAAUGGACCAAGAGCUUAAAAGGGUUAAUUGAUGUAAGUCAUUGGAUGCCAGCUCGUGCAUCAUCGUUGAUUUGGGCCAGCGUACGACACCGAUGGCUCGUGUAAAUCCUCAUUUAUUUAAGAGUAAUAUAUGUUUGUAUACGGAUGGAAGGAAUGUGAAGGCACAGCUUAAAUUGGCAAUAAUAAAGAAUGUUUUAUAUUAUCGGC